AUGCCUAUAACAGAGAAAGAUGAACACAACAAGAAAUUAGUAACAGACUUAUACAAAGCCUUAGUUUCCAAAGACACAAAAUCAAUGCAACAUCUUCUUGCUUCUGAUUUGGAAUGGUGGUUCCAUGGUCCUCCACGCCAUAGUCACUAUUUAGUCUCUCUCCUCACAGGCUCAUCAUCAUCUAAAAAAUCUCUAGUUCCUAAUCUCAUAAUUGGUUUUGGCUCAGUGAUUGUUGCAGAAGGGUAUGAUGAAAAAAACAUGAUGUGGUGGGUUCAUGCAUGGUCCAUUAGCGACGGAAUAAUAACCGAAGUUAGAGAGUAUGUGAACACAUCGGUAACUGUUACUAAGCUUGGUUUCUAUCCAGAAGAUGUUGUUGGUUCAAGUUGUUGCAGAUGUAUUUGGAAGAGUAAGCUUUCUGAUGCUUCUGUUCCUGGACUCAUUCUUACAAUCUAG